AUGGCAACAGGAGGUGGUCCCUUUGAGGAAGGCAUGAAUGAUCAGGACUUGCCUAGCUGGAGCAAUGAGAGCCUUGAUGACCGUCUGAACAACACGGACUGGGGAAGUCAACAGAAGAAAGCAAACAGAUCCUCAGAAAAAAACAAGAAAAAGCUUGGUGGGGAACCUGAAACGAGGCUUACUAAUGAUAUAUCUCCAGAAUCCUCACCUGGAAUGGGACGACGGAAGACCAGAACUCCGCAUAGUUUUCCUCACGCUCGAUACAUGACCCAGAUGUCUGUUCCAGAGCAGGCUGAACUAGAAAGGCUUAAACAAAGAAUAAACUUCAGUGAUCUGGAUCAGAGAAGUAUUGGAAGUGAUUCUCAAGGCCGGGCAACGGCUGCUAACAACAAACGUCAACUUAAUGAAAACAAAAAACCAUUCAACUUCCUGUCACUGCAGAUAAACACUAACAAAAGCAAAGAUCCUGCCUCAGGUUCCCAGAAAAAGGAAAGUGGGGUGUCAGUGCAAUGUAAAGAGUUGUUUGGAGCUGCUCUAAGCAAGGAUUUCUUGCAAAAUUGUCAAGUCUCUGUUCAAGAAGAUGGAAGGGGAGAACCAGCUAUGGAUAGUAGCCAGGCCAGAGAUCCUCAACAGGAAGCUAAAGAGGAGUUGGAGAACUUGAAGAAGCAGCAUGAUUUAUUGAAAAGGAUGCUACACCAGCAGGAGCAACUGAAGGCUCUUCAAGGAAGACAGGCAGCUCUUCUUGCUUUGCAGCAUAAAGCAGAACAAGCAAUUGCUGUCAUGGAUGACUCUGUUGUAACAGAGACUACAGGUAGUGUUUCAGGAGUAAGCCUUACCUCAGAACUGAAUGAAGAACUGAAUGACUUAAUCCAGCGCUUUCACAACCAACUUCAUGAUUCUCAGACACAAUCUGUGCCAGACAACAGAAGGCAAGCAGAAAGUCUUUCACUUACCAGAGAGAUUUCACAAAGCAGAAACCCUUCAGUGUCUGAACAGCUCUGUGAUGAGAAGGCACAGCUUUUUAACAAGAUGCGAGUGUUGCAAGGUAAAAAGCAAAAAAUGGACAAACUGUUGGGAGAACUUCAUACGCUUCGUGACCAACAGCUAAAUAACUCCUCCUUUUUUCCAACUUCAGGUUCUCCUCAAAGGAGUAUUGACCAAAGAAGUACAACAUUGGCUGCCUCUGGUCCUGUAGGCAUAGUAACUGUUGUCAAUGGUGAAUCAAACAGCCUGGCUCCCUGUCCUCCUGAUUCCAUGCCCUCUCAGAACGAGAGUGAAGAGGAUGACAAUCUCAAUCCAACAGAAAAGCUUCAGAAGCUAAAUGAGGUUCGUAAGAGACUGAAUGAGUUACGUGAGUUAGUUCACUACUAUGAGCAAACAUCUGAUAUGAUGACAGAUGCUGUGAACGAGAACACUAAGGGAGAGGAAGAAACUGAAGAAUCAGAAAGUGAUUCUGAACAUGAGGAUCCACAACCUGUUACAAAUAUUAGAAACCCUCAAGGAAUCAGUAGUUGGAGUGAAGUAAAUAGCAACUCAAAUGUGCAGUGUGGAACUAAUAACAGAGAUGGAAGACAUCUUAAUACAAACUGUGAAAUAAAUAACCGAUCUGCUGCUAAUAUAAGGACUCUAAAAAUGUCUUCUCCUCUAGAUUGUCAUAAUAGAGGGGAUGACAAAGACAUUGACCUACCCCAAGGUGAAGAUGAUGAAGUGGAAGAAGAUAGAGUUAGUGAAGAUUCCAUAUCUAGUCACAGAAGCAGCAUGGGUGAUGCUGCUGGAGACGCUGAGUUUGAGCAGAAGAUCAACAGGCUUAUAGCUGCAAAACAGAAACUUAGACAGUUACAAAACCUUGCUGCUAUGGUGCAGGAUGAUGAUUCAGAACCUCAAGCAACAAUUGCAAAUGCAUCUAAUAUUGGUGACUUGGUUUUGGGUGAGAUGGAAGAAACGGUGCAGCAACCAAACAACAUCCGAGCCAGUACCAACAAGUUUCAAAAAGAUGCAGGACUAAAUGAAAAAGCAAGAGAGAAGUUUUAUGAAGCUAAACUUCAGCAGCAGCAACAGGAGCUUAAGCAGUUACAAGAAGAAAGAAGAAAACUGAUGGAAAUUCAAGAAAAAAUCCAAGUGCUACAGAAGGCUUGUCCUGACCUUCAGUUAUCGUCUGGCCUGGGCAACUGCUCAGCAAACAGGCAGACUUCACCAGCAACCUCCACUCUGGCCAUGAAUGAGUGUAACACAGCUGGCAAGACCUACCUUCAAUUUGAUGACUCUGUACCAGUAGGCAACGAGUUGUGGUCUGAGAUGAGAAGAGAUGAGAUUUUAAGAGAAGAAUUGCGGCAGAGGCGAAAGCAACUGGAAGCUUUAAUGGCUGAACAUCAGAGGAGGAGGGAGCUCGCAGAAACAGUGUCUACUGUUGCUGCAUCUGUUCAAAGUGAAGGGUCAGAAGUUCAGCGUACUCCACAGCAGAGCAGGACUGAAAAUAAGACUGUGGCUACCUGGGGAGGCUCUACCCAGUGUGCUCUAGAGGAAGAGAAUGGAGAUGAAGAUAGUUAUCUCUCUGAUGGAGUUGGUCAUGCAGAGGAAGAGGAAGAAGAUGCAUCAAGUUUGAAUGACAGCUUCUCUAUUUAUCCCAAUAACAACAUACCAGAAAAUGCAUAUUUUGUUAAAGACAACAAGGACCGGUGGAAGAGUGGGCGUCCUGCCUCGGCAGACGGGAAUUGCCGCCCCUCGUCGAGAGCGAGGCGGCAGCAGCAGAACACGAGCGUGCGACGUCAGGAAAACGUGCGGUGGGUGUCUGAGCUUUCCUACGUGGAAGAAAAGGAACAAUGGCAAGAGCAGAUCAAUCAGCUGAAGAAACAGCAUGAAUUUAGUGUCAGCAUUUGUCAAACUUUGAUGCAGGAUCAGCAGACCCUCUCUUGUCUUCUGCAGGCUUUGCUCACAGGCCCUUACAGUGUGAUGCCAAAUAAUGUUGCGUCUUCACAAGUACAUCUAAUUAUGCAUCAAUUAAACCAGUGUUACGCUCAGCUGAGUUGGCAGCAGAAUAAUGUCCAAAGGUUGACACAAAUGUUAAAUGAUCUUAUGUGGCAGCAAGAGGAACAGUGUCAGGAGAAGCCAUCAAGAAAGGAGAGAGGCAGUAGUGCACCACCACCUCCAUCUCCUGCUUUCUGUCCGUUCAGCUUUCAUCCACAACCUAUGAACCUGUUUAAUGUACCAGGAUUUACUAAUUUUUCUUCCUUUGCUCCAAGUAUUAACUGUAAUCCAGUGUUCCCUUCUGCUUUUGGAGAUUUUGCACCGAAUACUUCACCACGCGGCAGUGAGCAGCAGCAGCAACAACAUGCUGUAGGUCAGGGUGCUUCUGGGAAAACUGAGUAUAUGGCAUUCCCCAAACCUUUUGAAAGCAGUUCCUCUAAUGGAGCAGAAAAACAAAGGUACUCAAAACAACCUGAAGAGGAAGUGGAAAAAAGAUCAACUUGGCUUAAUGGUAGCCAUGAAGUGAUAAAAGAUGAUCACUCUCAGCUGAAAUCAGGUUUUCCUGUUUCAGUACAAAACAUUGCUUCUGGUCAUAAAAAUCAGUCUGAUAUGAGCAGGAAAAGAGACUUUGAUGAAGAGUCUUUGGAGAGUUUUAGUAGCAUGCCUGAUCCAGUAGACCCAACUACUGUGACAAAGACAUUUAAAUCUAGAAAAGCAUCAGCACAAGCAAGCUUGGCAUCAAAAGAUAAAACACCCAAAUUGAAGACCAAGAGGAAGAGUGUUUCUCAGCUAAAAGGCAGAAGUAAAAAUACUGGUUAUGAAAGUGCAAGUGCUUCUAGUGCGUGUGAACCCUGCAAGAGCAAUAAAAGCAGACACUCUGAAGAGGUUGUUCACGCAAAAGUGUUCAGCAAAAGGAAUCAGGAGCAACUGGAAAAAAUAAUUAAAUACAGUAGAUCUACAGAAAUGUCUUCAGCGCAUGCUAGGAGAAUUCUGCAGCAGUCUAACAGAAAUGCAUGCACUGAAGCACCAGAAACUGGUAGUGAUCUUUCUAUGUUUGAAGCUUUGCGAAACACAAUUUAUUCUGAAGUGGCAACUCUAAUUUCUCAAAAUGAGUCUCGUCCCCACUUUCUUAUUGAACUUUUCCAUGAGCUUCAACUGCUAAAUACAGAUUACCUGAGGCAAAGGGCACUGUAUGCUUUGCAGGAUAUAGUGACCAGACAUUCAUCUGAGAAAAACGAAAAAGGGAAGUACACAAAAUCACUGAAUUCUGCAACCUGGAUAGCAUCAAAUUCUGAACUCACUCCCAGUGAAAGCCUUGCUUCUACAGAUGAUGAAACUUUUGCCAAGAACUUUUCUACAGAAGCAUGUCAAGAUUGUGAACAAAACGAUGCAGACAAUAGGAGUACUAUGUCUAUGUCUUCAAAUUUUGAACCCUUUGCUACUGAUGACCUUGGCAACACAGUGAUUCACUUAGAUCAAGCUUUGUCUAGGAUGAGGGAAUAUGAGCAUAUGAAAAUGGAAGCUGGAAGUACCCUUGACUCUGAGGGCUGCUCUAGUAAUUUUCAGGGUGCUUCUGCUGCUAAACUGGAAGGUCCAAGUGCCAGUGAAUGUCUUCCUGCACAACAGUCAAGUGAAGCUUCUGCUGUUGCCUGUCCUCAUAUAGAUACGCAGCAGCUUGACCGGCAGAUUAAAGCAAUUAUGAAAGAAGUCAUUCCUUUUCUAAAGGAACACUUGGAUGAAGUAUGCUCGUCUCAGUUACUGACAUCAGUAAGACGUAUGGUCCUGACUCUUACACAACAAAACGAUGAAAGUAAAGAAUUUGUCAAGUUCUUUCAUAAGCAGCUUGGCAGUAUACUUCAGGAUUCACUGGCAAAAUUUGCUGGUAGAAAAUUAAAAGAUUGUGGGGAGGAUCUUCUUGUGGAGAUCUCUGAAGUGUUAUUUAAUGAAUUAGCCUUUUUUAAACUCAUGCAAGACUUGGACAACAACAGUAUUUCUGUAAAGCAGAGAUGUAAAAGAAAAACAGAAGCUACUGAAGUAAUACAGUCUUAUGCUAAAGAGGCAAAAAAAAGUCUCCCGGUGGAUGUUUGUUCAUCUGCUGAAGAUUUCGAUGAGGACAAAGACAAGGAUGAGACUGAAACUGUUAAACAAGUACAGGACUCAGAAACAUAUGAUGGUCAUGGAGUUCCUGAAAGUAUUAGGUCUGAUGCAUCUGAUCAAGAAGAAGAUGAGGAAAGUGAAAGCGGUCCAGUGGCAAUCAGUUUAUCAAAAGCAGAAACACAACCUCUGACAAACUAUGGCAGUGGAGAAGAUGAAAAUGAAGAUGAAGAAAUAGAAUUUGAGGAAGGACCUGUUGAUGUGCAGACAUCACUACAAGCCAGCAGUGAAACAACUGCUGAAAAUGAACAGACUUCAAACCAAGAAGUGAGUAAGACAGAAAGCAGUGAGAUUUUGUCAUCAGAACAAGAAUCUCUCAAUAUUACAG